UCUUCAUUUCUGAAUCCUCUCUUCUUCCCCUCUCUCCCCUAUAAAUCCACUUCUCCAUCCGAUGCCCCAAGAAAAAUUUCUUCACUCUCUCUCUUUCUCUCUCUAAAACCCAUCUCCAGUCUCUAUUCUCUUCUCUUAUACAUUUCAGAACCACCAAGGAAUGGCUGAAGAAUUCCAAGAGUCCGACGUGUUUUGGCCGGAACAAUCCCAAUCCCACCGGAGAGAAGAUCGGCUCUACCACAGCGUUUUCCAAGACGAAAACGUCAAUCCAGCCAAGAUGAUCAUUACCAACAACAACAACAACAACUCUGCUGCUACUCAACAGAAGAAGAAGAACAACAACAACAAACAGAAAAACACAUCUCAUUCACUUCCGGUAACCAUCCCCUGCAACAUGAACCAAAGGAGUAAUAAUUUCAAUUCUUCAUUUCAUUACUCGGAUUCUAUUGAAAGUGAUGAAGAACUCGAAGAAGCUGAGAUGGUUCCUCCUCAUUUGAUGGUCGCCGGGAGAUGUACAGGUCAGAUGGCUUACUCUGUUUGUACAGGAAAUGGGAGAACUCUCAAAGGUCGUGAUUUGAGCAGAGUCAGAAACUCCAUUCUCAGAAUGACUGGUUUUCUCGAGACAUAACAGAAGAAACAAUAUUCAAAUUUUCCAUUUUAGUUUUUCCCCCAAAGUCCUUUUCCUUCCCUUUGAUUGUAGCAGUGGAACAAAAAAGAAAAGAAAAAAAGAGGGCAAAUAUCCAUAGAGUUCUAAAUAAUGAGAAAAUGUGAGGAAAAAGAAAUCAGGAUUUUUAGACUUUUUAGUUGAUGGGGUUUUCCUUUUCUUCCCUGAUAUGAUAUUUUGAUAUUUUUGAUAAAUUAAAUUAUUUUCUUGCCCUUUAAUCAUGUUUGUUUAUUGGUAACUUGGAUUGGUUUUGGUUUCUCCCUCUCUCUCAAAAUGUAUUGUUUACAGAACGCAGGGUGCGCAAUGCACCAUCUUGUAAUUCUUCUCUCUCUAAAUCUUCUUAAUUAAGAAAUUAAUCUUAAGAAUUAAA